GAUACAUGUACAGCGCCCCGACAGCCAAGCUUCGUGGACGAGGAGAUGUUAGUGAACUCCUCGCCCAGUAGUCUGUGAUGAAUAACGGACAGAAAGGUGUGAGCGACAGCCUUGAGACUCAUAGCAAUGGCCUGAUAUAUGCUAGUAAUAACGAGGAGAAUGCCAUUAAUGUGUUCGACCCUAGUAAUGAAACGACCUUGACGUUCUUACAAUUCUGCGAAUCAACUGGGUGGGUAGAUACGAGUAAGCGUUAAGACUAGCCCCUUCGCUUUAGAAUCUUCGCUCUAACUAGGCGGCAGUAUCAAUUGCGGCGGAUGGAUAUAGGUAGGUACUUAUACUUCAC